CGCGCUAUUUAAGAACAUGAGAGCGUUAGAUUGUCGCGGCGUUUAUUCACAAAUGCUCGCGCAUCGAGAUUGACUGAGCGCUAUGCAUUGUUUACAGACAGGACGUGAGAAUGGCUUAUCUCAUGUACGGGGGCCUAAUAAUAAUCGUUGGUGUGGUAGUUCAGACAUGGGAUUAGUAGUUAAAUGUCAUAGGCGCUCGAUCUCCGCGUAUUUUAUUACAACCACACUGGGUGAAGAGGUCUUCUCCACUUUAAAAUGAAUAUUUUGUUUGUAUAUUAGUUUUAACUGCACAUAACGAGAGCGUUCUUCCUCACAAUUUACAGCAAGACAGCACAGAGAGAAUGGAAUCACAUCCGCAUGGAUCAGGACCUGCCUUGCAGUUCACAAGUGGCUUUAGUGAAGUAUCUAGACCCGUCAAGACCUUUCAUCUUCGGGACAUCUACAAUCCCAAACCACCCCAACAAAGGACCCCUGUGGCAAUACGGCCACCCAGCCCAAAACCAGGUCCUCCUCAGGAGCCCGUCGUCUGGCGUAGGCAGUCGUGUGAGGCCGAGCCAAAACCCAUCAUGAGGAGACGGGCUAAAUCCCUCUCGUCCUCCACAGAAGAGCACACCUGCAGGAACGUGCAGGUCCGCUUUGUAGAUUCGUUAGGGUUGGAACUGGAAGAUGUGAAGUUCUUCAAGGCCAGCGAGGACCCAUUGGUGCCGGUCCACGUCAUCACAAGACUGCUGGCAAGCUCUGAGCUGGCCUCCAAGAAGAAGCUGGAGCUCUCUCUACCCUACUUCCAGCCAUCCUUCCCUGACAACAUGUGUCAUUUCACAAAUGAGGAGGUUUGUUAG